AUGGCUAGCAGCUCUUCGGCCCCUACCGGCGCCACUGAUGCAGUCUUGAAGCCAUCCGAGCCCGUGCCUGAGGGUGCGCAAGAGGUGCAGGGCAUCGACUUCAACCAGUAUACGUCGCGCAGCAUCACAGUCGAGGAGCUGGUGGGCGGUUAUGCCAACAUGGGCUUCCAGGCAACUUCGGUGGGAGAGGCUGUGCGAAUCAUCAACGACAUGCGCGCAUGGAAGGACACUGAGACAAAUGAGCCCACGACGAUAUUCCUUGGAUACACGUCGAACCUCAUAUCUUCGGGUCUGCGCGAGACACUACGGUACCUGGUCCAGCACAAACACGUCUCUGCCAUCGUGACAACUGCAGGCGGUGUUGAAGAAGACUUCAUCAAAUGUCUUGCGCCAACCUACCUCGGCGCUUUCUCUACUCCCGGCGCCGGGCUGCGAGCGAAGGGCAUGAACCGCAUCGGUAAUCUUGUCGUCCCUAACAGCAACUACUGCGCGUUCGAGGACUGGGUAGUGCCUAUCCUGGACAAGAUGCUGGAGGAGCAGGAGGCAAGUAAGAAGACAGACGAGCCAUUGCACUGGACACCAAGCAAAAUCAUCCACCGUCUGGGCAAGGAGAUCGACGACGAGCGAUCCGUCUACUACUGGGCAUGGAAGAACGAUAUUCCAGUGUUUUGCCCGGCGCUGACAGACGGAAGCCUGGGCGACAUGUUGUACUUUCACACAUUCAAGUCGUCGCCAGAACAGCUACGCGUCGACAUCGUAGAGGACAUCAGGAAGAUAAACACGAUCGCAGUACGCGCGAAGAGGACCGGCAUGAUUGUCCUAGGUGGAGGACUAGUGAAGCAUCACAUCGCCAACGCGAACUUGAUGCGCAAUGGAGCUGAUAGUGCGGUGUACAUCAACACGGCGCAAGAAUUUGACGGGAGUGAUGCGGGAGCGCGGCCAGACGAGGCUGUCAGUUGGGGGAAGAUCAAGCUAGAUGGAGAUAGCGUCAAAGUAUACGCAGAGGCGACGGUAGUGUUCCCGCUCAUCGUUGCGGCUACGUUCGCACGGGUUCAGCGGUCGCAAGGGCAAUGA